AUGUUGGACAGGGUUCUGAACAGAGAGGUCUUGAGGCAGCUGAACUUCGCGGGUGCAAACAACGCGAUACCGUUCAAGAAAACGCACACAUUCAGUGCGCUUCAAGAAGUUAUCGUUAACCGAUUUGGGGUCACGGCCAACGCCGUAGCGAACGGCGUUUGCACAUGGGUACAGAUUACCCGGAGCAAUCUGCACCGGCGUACAUCUGCCGCAUCAAGCAGUCAGGAAUCGCAGCCUUUUGAUUUGAUAGAUUUAGACAAUCAGAGCAAUCAGGAAACACGGACAAACUUGUAA